GUCGAUUCUUGUUUCUCGCGGCGAACUCAGGCGACAUAUCUUGCCUCCUGCGCCCAUCUCCUCCUCGAGACCAUCGCAGAUCGGUAUUCCUCGGGCAUAUAAAGCUCAUCACUCCCACCGAGGACCAAGAGCUGCAGGCUAUUGCGUACAGAUUAAUUCGUGCCGCGCCGAUACAUAUACCCUUGAACACAGCCGUCACCAUGGACAGUGCCACGAACAUCGACGCCCCGGCCGACAUUGGCUUUGACCUCGAGCCGCCCUCCCCGCGUUCCCUCACCUUUGCCGGCGGGAUCCCCUCCUCGUUCGACCACGCCACACAGCCCCUCUCCUACGACCAGCCCACCUUUGACGGCAGCGUGUUCGACCAGCACAGCUCGCCAGGCUCAUUCCACGGCUCGCCCUCCUUUCACGGAUCGCCGGGCUCAUACCAAUCCCCCUUCUCCGAGCACUCCGACCUGUCCCAGGAUCCGUUGCUGGACCCUCUCUACGAGUCGGAUUUCGUGACCGAUAGGUACAAUCCCACCGACUUCGGGCAGUCCAGCCUGCUUAUGUUCAACGACGACUUCGGGGGAAUUAUGCAGAGCUCACUUGAUCACCCAUCGCCGGCCUCUUCGGAUGGUCACUCCCACCACUCGCAGCACUCGCGCGCCUCCAGCGUGUCGUCUCAGCACCCACACGGCAUUCCCUCAAGCCUCGGCGUGUCCCCCUCGCCGCGUAUGCAAGUCGCGCAGUCCUUUGAGCAAAUGUCCUUCCAGGGGAGUCCCAAUUGGGGACCCUCUCCUCUUCCCACACAUAGUCGAAACCCGAGCGGCCAAGCCCAAAGCCCGCCACGUUUAGUCAUGCCGGACGAUAACAGCCCAUCGCUCAAUAUCGUCCCCGCCACCCCCGUCCGGACCGCAGCUGCCAAUGCAGCCAAUGCUUUCCAUGGACCUUCACUCAACGCACCGCAAGAGCAGGACGAGUACGAUAGCUCGUACGGUCAGGACUCCAGCGACACAGAUCUCAAUUCCCGAGGUCGUGAUCCUUCAUCAUACACCUUCCCCCGUCGUCCGUCUCCGACGGGCCACAGCAUCGGCGGUAGUGGUCAGAGCUUCGGCCUCAACAAUUCAGGCUCUUCAAGCUCAAGCAACUUUGCUCUCGACAACAUGAAUGCCUCUUCCAGCUACGGCAGCCAGUCCUUCGGCCAGUCGAGCGACUUCCUCCUCCCUGGGCCCUCCUCGAAGCACUCGCGCUCCAAGUCGGACACGUCGCUCGAGCCGCCGACAUGGGAGAACUUCCCGCGGAGCCGAACCGAGAGCGGCAACAUGAGCGGGAGCGCCACGCUUGGCGGCAGCUCCCAGCUGGGCACGAGCGGCUCGCCAGACGACCGCGGCCUGCUCGGCGUGCCCCCACGCCCCGGGCACAUGCGCCAGUCGCGCAGCGAGGACUACUCGAACAUGCCGCACCUCCCGCCGGGCCUCGGGUCGGGCGUCGGCAGCAACCCGGCCUUCCUCACGCCCGACAUGGACCUCCGCACCGGCCGCUCGUCCGGCUGGGGCCUCGGGCCGACGCACGGGCAGGCGCGCUCGCUCUCGCCGGCGAACCGCACGAGCUCGCCGUACGUGCCCGAGAACCAGCGCUCGUACACGCCGGACGCGCGCUUUCAGCCCAUGGGCCCGCCGAGCGCGCGAUCGCUGUCGCCGGCGGGGAGUCUUUAUGGCCACCACCGUCGCGCGUCGUCCGAGCGCGGGUCGGCGACGUGGAACCCGCAGCCGCCGGGUAUGGGUAUCGGCAUGGGUGGUCGCGGACGCCCGAGCCCGUACCCGUCGCCGAACGCCAGCCCUCGCUGGCCUACGAAUGAUCUCGACAGCGUCGACCCGAUGAUGGGUGGAAUGGGCGCUGGGGAUAUGCACCUGGUCUCAGAGAUGGGCAUGGGUGGCCUUGGCGGUACGGGGAUGAUGUCAGGUUUAGGUGGCAUGGGGAUGUCCUCGGGCCAACAAGGUGGACCCGGGGACGGGUCUGGCGAAUUCGCACAUGUCGCGAAGCCCAACGUCACCACUGGUCGAACUGCGAAUGCGUCGCAUAGGCGGCGUAAGCAGGAGGCUACAUUCAAGUGUCCGGUCCCAGGAUGCGGCAGCACAUUCACGAGAAGCUUCAACUUGAAGGGUCAUAUACGAUCACACAACGAGGAGAAGCCAUUCCGCUGUCACUGGCCCGGCUGCGGCAAGGGCUUCGCGCGACAACACGACUGCAAGCGACACGAGCAGCUGCACACGAACUACCGGCCCUUCCAGUGCGAAGGCUGUCGAAAGCAGUUCGCGCGCAUGGACGCACUCAAUCGACAUCUGAAAUCCGAGGGCGGUGUCGAGUGCGCCCGAAUGCUGGAGUCGAAGGGGAAGAUGCCGCAGUCGAGCGAAGAUGGGGGGAGUGGGGGUGGCGGCGGUGGUGGCGAUCCGCCGAAAUCGCUCGCGGGCUUGGGCGAUGUGAAGCCGAGUCUCGAUCAGGGUAUCGGCGUCAGCAUGCUGAAGCCUGAGCCUGAGGCAGAUGCGGAUAGCUUGCUAUGGGGUCCAGCAGGCGUUGCGUUAUGAGACGCCUCCUUCGCUUGACCCCUGCUCGCCGUUCUGGCAGCUGUUACCCCUUUCGUUGCACCCUUUUCCUCUUGCUGCUAAUGCAGCGCAUCCAAGUUGACUCCAUCCAGUAUCAUGUACUCAUCGCGACUUUCUAGUCUGUCGUCCCUAGUCUUCAGUCAUACGUACUGUAUUUAUUUCCCCUUCGUCGUGCGUUCCUCGCGUACUUUCUCCUCGUACACCUCGUUCUUCGCGCGUUCCCGUGUGCUCCUCUGCGUUUGCCUACAUACAUGUACAGCGUCUCGAAUCUUAUACCACGUCUAAUCGGACUUGUAGGUAUUGGGCUGCUAGAGGACUGUAGCAGUACCGGUGCUGCUGCACGCUGCCAAGUAAAUAUCUGUAGUAGUAGAUAUGUAUCUAUGUUAUUCUCAUCUGAUUUAUCUGAGUCGUGAAUCUC